ACAUCAUGAGUAUCAUUGUUAUGGACUGUAUUUUCAGUAAUAUUGCGUCACUGCAAUAUUCAAGCAGACAGCAGCACACGACAGCAGCAGCGGGCGUAAUUGAGCUGCGCUGAGUUAGUGAGGCCUAAGAUCUUCAGAAGUUUGGUGAAAAAAUACAGAAGCUGCAUAAUUAUAGAUUGUACCACACCAGUAAAUUCAUUUCUCUUCACAAAUUGUGUGAGUGCCGUUCCACUAGCUUGUCAACAAAGUAGAGGUUUGACUCUGAGUGCUGUGCGAGCUACGAUAUUUCACUAGCGGGAGCCAGCGAUCCCACGCCAGUGAGCCCGGGUGGUUGACAAGAAGGAAUCCGCUGAAAAGUGGAACAGUGCAUCGAUCAUGGCGCUCAAUCCAUCAUCACUGACAUCACUUAGAAUUAAAGCACUGAACAUGAAGAAGUGUAUUUCUUAUGCAUCAGUUUCUCGAAGACCUAAUUUUUGGAUACAGGGACAGGGCAAGGGAUUUCAUCAAAGUUCAAAUUUAUCAGUCAAAGUUCUGAUGAACAUGACAAAGGAAAAGCGCAUUUUCUCUGGGAUCCAGCCUACUGGGGUGCCACACAUUGGCAACUACCUUGGAGCUAUCCAGAACUGGAUCCAGCUCCAGGAAGAGGAGAAUACUGAGAUGAUCCUGAGUAUAGUGGAUCUUCAUUCCAUCACUCUCCCCCAGGAUCCCAAGGAGUUAAGGGAGAGUAUCCUUACCUCUGCUGCUGUUCUCCUUGCCUGUGGGAUCGACCCUGAUAAAAGUAUUCUCUUCCAGCAGUCAAGUGUCCAUCAGCAUGCCGAGUUGAGUUGGAUAUUGGGGUGUAGAACGACACUUGCUAGGCUAGGACAGUUCCCACAAUGGAAGGCUAAAGCAGGGAAUGAUAAGACCAAGUCCUGUGUUGGUCUGUACACCUACCCAGUCCUCCAGAGUGCAGACAUCCUCCUCUACAAAGCUACUCAUGUUCCAGUAGGUGAAGACCAGAUGCCACAUCUGGAGCUGGCUCAAGACUUGGCCAGGAUCUUUAACAAUGCCUAUGGGGAAUUCUUUCCAGCCCCCAAAACAAUCGUGGGUGACUUUAAGAAGAUCAAGAGCCUACGGAACCCUGAACAGAAGAUGAGCAAAUCAGAAUCAGAUCCAAAGGGAAAGAUAGAACUGACCGAUUCUUGUCAGGACAUCCGUGAGAAGUUCAAGAAAGCAAAAACAGAUUUUAUCUCAGAAGUGACCUUUGACCCUGAGGCACGUCCUGGGGUGUCCAACCUUGUAGACAUACUGUCGGCAUUUACAGGGAAAGAACCGUCCAAGAUAUGUGAGCAGGUUGAGAUUAUGAACACAGCUCAGUUCAAGAUGGUCGUGGCUGAUGUGGUCAAUGAGAAGUUGGAACCUAUUAGGAAUAAAGUUUGUAAACUCAGAAAGGACAAGGCCUAUCUGGAAGAGGUUUUGAAGACAGGACAAAAAAGGGCGCAGGAGAUUGCAGAAACAAACCUUGAUACUGUGAAAAAAAUGGUUGGGUUAUCAUAGCAGCAGGUGCACACGGAUUGAGGGACUGCAGUCGUGAUCCUAGCGGGUGUCCAGGAAUUCCAGAGUUUGCACAUACUAUAGGAACAAACUUGGGACCAUUAAUGCAAAUUUAUAAAUGUUUGUGCCACGUCUAUUAGUAGGAAUCCCACUCAGCAUUUCUCACCGUCUGUUUCCUCACAUUCCCUUUUUUUCUUGUCAAUGCUGAAAUGGGAUUUGUGAUGAAAGGGCACUGAGCAGGACUCCUGAAGAAAGACAUGGCUCAGAGUUUUCUUAUUAAAGUGCCUAAGGCUAAAGAUGACUUUAUUUACAAGAACUUCAUCAGUGAUAUUAAUGUCGUGCAAUUUCAAGAUAUGAGAUAUUAUUUUUAAUACAUUUUCUCCUGAUAUGGCAGUUCCUUAUCUAGGGGCCGUUUCAGGAUUUGGGUUAGGUUUUUAUUGCAUUGUACCAUUUUUUAAAUGAGGUGAAAAAUUAUGAAAUGAAUGAAUAAAUGAAAAAGUUGGAUUGAAGUGCAACUCAAAAAAUUGUACUCAAGUUACUCGAGUGUUUCUGAUUGGAUGAAAAUCAGGUUUUAUUUCAUUUUUGGAGCCAUUGUUGGUUGCAAAUCUUUUUGCCAUGGGCCCCUUGUCAAGUAACGAUUCAUGUGGAUUCCAUAUACAAUAACAUGCUACAUCAUGUUUGUAACAGAUACAUGUGUUCUAGGAUGAUAUUCUGUUCAGUUAUAUACAUGUGUGAGUAAGGGUGACCUUUAUAGCUCUUUUUCAAGAUUUAUCUUGUUCAUUGGUGCUUGAAAGUUUGAUAGUAAUCUUUGUCAAGUGUUUAUGAUAUUACAAUAUUAGUUUUCAAGACUACAAUAAACAUUGUUACAAUACUCUUCAAAGCAACAUUGUGAUUAUUUGUUCAACAAAUGUUUUCAGACAUAAUCAUGAAUGCCAGACAUCUUGCUCAGGGAAUAAAAGAAAAAUGAGGAAUAUUAUUUGCUAAUGCAUUGCAUACCUGCCUGCCCUUUAUUUGUUAAUGCAUUGCAUACCUGCCUGCCCUGGCACCCAAGAAAUGGGAACAAAUUACAAAGAAAAAUCUAGAAAUAUGACCAAUCUUUAAUUUUUAUUCAAUCCUUCAUAAACUUUAACACAGAAAUAGGAACAUACAGGUAGCAAUCAAAAUAAAUAUAUUCCUAGAACAGUUGGUAGGUAUUGCAUUUUGAUAUAUAUGAAUGGCUCAUCAGCCUUUAUGCUUUUAUCCAAUGGCAUUUUCAUGGCAGUUUUAAAUCUUUAUUCUGUUUUCUGUUUUUUUCUUGUUUUACAUUUGCUAUCAAGUUUCAUUUACUAUAAGUAAAAUACUUGGGUCUAUUGUCAUCUUCAUUGAAAGGUAACAACCGGUCAUCAUACUACAAAGUCAAUAGUGAAUGGGACCAAUCAUAAAUAUUGGAUUAUGUAUUCAAAUUCUGCUUAGUCAGGUGCAAAUAUUGAUUACCCAAGCAUGCUCAUAUAUUGGUUCUACUACAAACGGUCUUCAAUAUAAAUGAUUCCAAAGUCUGCCCAUCUAUGUCAUAAAUGUGUUGCCAUUGUGUUAAUAGUGACAGCAAAAUGAGAUUAUGUAUUGAUGCCUGUAGGGUUUCACAAGCUGCAACCAGGGCCCCUUACCACAAAACUUUUUAUUUGAUUGCAGGAUUGAUAUUUAUGAUUGAUUACAUUGAUUAUUAUGUGCACUCAUUCAUACAAAUCAAUAGUAUGAUCAAUUACUAAUCUUUGUGUUACAUGGCCCAGUUGACUUCAGCUGGAUUCCUAAAUAUAGAGGAGCAAAAAAAAUGAGUAGGACAGACAAUGUGUGAUAUCAAUAUUUCCUACUCUGGCUGUAACCACAUCAUACUGGUUCCAAUUAUCAAGACCUAUUCUACAUUAAAUGGAUGCUCUGGGCUGUGGCUGAAUAUAUUUAUAUCUCAAUAAGUAAAGUUCACAGAGCAAAAUGCUGAAAAUUUGAUCAAAAUUGGAUAACAAAUAACAAAGUUAUUGAAUUUCAAAGAUUUGCAUUAUUCAGGUGAAACAUCAUCUGACAUCAUCAGCCCAUCUAAUGAAUAUUCAUGAGGACAUGCCUAGAACUGUUUCACCGGAUAAUGCAAAUCUUUGAAAUUUAAUAACUUUGUUAUCUGGUUUUGAUGAAAUUUUCAGCAUUUGGCUCUGUGAAUUUUGCUCUAUUUAUUUAGCUAUAUUUUCAGGCCAGAGCAUCCCUUUAAUAUGGACAUGGUUACCUGAAAUUCAUUGUUUUAUAGGCCUAUGUAUUUUUAAAAUUCUUAUUUAAUGACCUUUUUUUCGUUGUGCUUAUGCAAACUUGGAUAUGGAAAUAUAAUUUUGCAACUGAUGAUUUAUUGCAAUUUGACAACUUGAUUUAUUUGAUUUUUGAAUUUAUCAUAGGGACAUGCCCACUGUUGCAGAAAGAAUUGUAAUCAAACACAACUCGAAAAUUAAACGCAACUAGAUUUCAACCACAAGCAUACAGUUUGGACUUGCGUUCAAUUUUUGGUUUUGUGUUCAAAUGCAGAUCUUUCUGCAAUGGCCCCAGAAGUGGGUGGUUUUAAACUUAUAAGGAUUAUUUCAUUUGUGUUUUAUGCAAUAUAUUUUUAUGAAGCAAUAAUCAAUUUAAGAAAAAUUCCACCAAUGUAUAGAGGCUAAAUUAUGAGGACUGGAAGCAUAUUUUUAAAUUUGGUCUUUGUGAAGCAUUGAUCGUACAAAAUGUUCUUGUACUUCUUGGGGAAAAGAAGUUAGAUUGCUUUUAUUCAGUGAAAUUAGGAUUUUCUAUUCACAAUAAAAUUGUUGAAGUAUUGAAA